AUUAUGUAGUCCCAAAUAUUUGAUUCUCAGACCCUUCCAUUCUUAUAUAAUCUCUCUCACUCAUACGUCCUCUCAUCUUUACACCACCACAGAAUUUAUCCCUACUUAUCUCAUCAAUCUUACGCUACUCAUUCUUCAGCAAAAAUGGUUUCCUCAAAAUCUACCAUUCUCAUAAUCAUCAUCUAUCUUCUUCUUCUUCUUAAUCUUACGCAAAUUAUUGCAAAUUCCGACAAACAAAUCUUACUACAACUUAAAAACUCCAUCUUACUUCCUACUAAAGGAAAACAACCCCUUCAAAACUGGCAUACAAACAAUGCACACUGCAACUUCACCGGCGUUUUAUGCAACGACGCUUUUCGUGUUGUUUCGUUAAAUCUCUCUUUCUUCCCACUUUUCGGCAUACUUCCUCCACUUAUUUCGUCGCUUGAUAAACUCCAAAUACUCAACCUUGCUUGCACUAAUCUCACCGGAGAAUUACCCACGCAAAUUUCUUCUCUUACGUCGCUUAAAUUCCUUAACCUUUCAACAAACAACUUCACCGGAAUAUUCCCAGGAAUAAUCUUCACUAAUAUGACUGAUUUAGAGGUUAUUGAUGUCUAUAAUAACAACUUUAAUGGACCACUUCCUCUUCAAGUGAUCAAAUUGAAGAAAAUCAAGCAUCUUUCUCUUGGUGGUAACUACUUUUCCGGCGAUAUUCCGGCGAGUUAUUCCGAUAUGAUAAGCUUAAAGUACCUCGGACUUAGUGGUAACUCACUUUCCGGCGAGAUUCCGGCGAGUUUAGGUCGGUUAACUAACUUGUCGUUUUUGUACUUAGGUUACUUUAAUACUUACACCGGCGGAAUUCCGACGGAAUUUGGUUCACUUCAGUCCAUUGAAAGACUUGAUAUGGCGGAGUGUAAUAUUUCCGGUGAAAUUCCGGCGAGUUUAGGUAAGUUGAAGAAGUUAAACUCGUUGUUUUUACAAAGGAAUAAUUUAACUGGAGAAUUACCGCCGGAAUUAUCUGGAAUGAUUAGUUUGAUGUCAUUGGAUUUGUCAAGUAAUGGAAUUACUGGUGAAAUACCAGAAAGUUAUUCUUCUUUGAAGAAUCUUACGUUCUUUAAUGUUUUUCAUAAUAGUUUGUUCGGUAAAAUUCCUUCUGGUUUUGGAGAUUUACCGAAUUUAGAGAAGUUACAGGUGUGGAAUAAUAAUUUUUCGUUUGCAUUACCGGAGAAUCUUGGUAGAAAUGGUAGGUUUAAAGCAUUGGAUAUAACUACUAAUCAUUUCACCGGAAAAAUUCCGCCGGAACUUUGUAAAGGUGGAGUUUUAGAGAUGUUAAUUUUGACUGAUAAUGCGCUCUUUGGCGCUGUUCCUGGGGAGAUUGGUGGUUGUCGUUCAUUGCAACGGCUUCGUAUCGGUAAAAAUCAGCUUACCGGAAGUUUACCUCCGGAGAUUUUUAAUUUACCGGAGGUGAAUUUGAUUGAAUUGAAUGAUAAUUACUUUUCCGGCGAACUUCCGGCGGAUAUCUCCGGCGAGAAGCUCGGAACACUUGAUGUUUCGAAUAAUCGGUUUGUUGGUAGAGUACCGGAAUCGAUAGGGAAGUUGAAAGGAUUGCAGAAGUUGUUUUUGCAGAAUAAUAGGUUUUCCGGCGAGAUUCCGGCGGAGUUGUUUGAGCUUAAGCAACUUGCUACGCUUAAUGUGAGUUCCAAUGAUUUGUCUGGUGAGAUUCCGGGGUCAUUUGGACAGUGUUCUUCUCUGAUUGCUGUUGAUUUUAGUCAGAACAAUCUUGCUGGUGAAAUUCCGGCAUCAGUGUCGAAUCUUGAAGACCUUGCAAUCUUUAAUCUAUCGGGGAAUUCGCUUACCGGUGACAUUCCGAAUGUUCUUGGAUCAAUACGUAGCCUCACUGUUCUUGAUCUUUCAUACAACAACUUCUAUGGUAGAAUUCCAUCUGGUGGGCAAUUCUCUGUGUUUAAGGCGAGGGCGUUUGAUGGGAACCCGAACCUCUGUUAUCCACACCGUGUUCAGCCCUGCCCUGUGUAUUACCCGCCUUCGAGGAAGAUCCAUCACACAGGGUGGUUUAGCUCAUCUAAGUUGAUUAUUCUAAUCAUAGGACUAAUCACAUUAGUCCUAUUAUCAAUUGUGACUCUGAUAUUUUACAGGAGGAAGCAUCUAGUUGGUUUUAAAGAAUGGAAAAUUGAGCGCUUCCAACGACUUGACCUUAAGGCUGAUGAUGUGCUGGAUUGUAUCAAGGAAGAAAACAUCAUAGGAAAAGGCGGGGCUGGGGUUGUGUACCGUGGCUCAAUGCUUGAUGGUACAGAUAUUGCGAUCAAGAAGCUCACCAGUCGGAGUAGUACUUCUGGAAAAAACGACCAUGGGUUUGCAGCUGAGAUAUCAACGUUGGGGAAGAUAAGACACCGGAACAUAGUCCGGCUGUUGGGGUAUGUGUCUAACAAGGAGACGAAUUUGCUUGUGUAUGAGUAUAUGCCUAAUGGAAGCUUAGGGGAGAAGUUGCAUGGGCCUAAAGGAGCACAUUUGCACUGGGAGAUGAGGUAUAAGAUUGCUGUGGAAGCGGCCAAGGGGUUGUGUUAUUUGCACCAUGAUUGUAAUCCUAAGAUUUUCCAUAGAGAUGUGAAGUGUAAUAACAUACUGUUGGAUUCUGAUUAUGAGGCUCAUGUUGCUGAUUUCGGGCUUGCCAAGUUUCUAAGGGAUGCUGGGGGUGCUUCAGAGUGUAUGUCAUCUAUUGCUGGCUCCUAUGGCUACAUUGCUCCUGAAUAUGCCUACACGCUAAAGGUAGACGAGAAAAGCGAUGUUUACAGCUUUGGAGUGGUUCUGCUGGAGCUGAUCACAGGGCGGAAGCCAGUUGGAGAGUUCGGAGAUGGGGUAGACAUAGUGAGAUGGAUAAGAAAGACAGAAUCAGAGAUCUCUCAGCCAUCAGAUGCAGCUACAGUAUUGGCCAUCCUCGACUCCAGGCUUAAUGGGUACCAGCUCUCCAGCGUCAUCAACAUGUUCAAGAUUGCGAUGUUGUGUGUUGAAGACGAGAGCUCAAACAGGCCUACAAUGAGGGAAGUGGUUCAUGUGCUCACUAAUCCUCUGCAACGUCUUGUCUCAACUCCCAGCCUGCUUUAACUAUGAUCAGUUCGACAAAUUUUUGAGUAUAUAAAAGCAAAUAUAUAUAUAUAUAUACACUUCUAUGAUAUUGAAGAGCUGUAAUAAAUUGUUUGUUUCCAGCAAACUGAUUAGAGUUCUUGUGCUGGACAAAACCAGCAAUCACCACCUGGUCUAAUUCAUCUGUCAAAUGUGGAUGUACUCUUGCUAGUUUCUUUUGUACUAAAUCGUGUAACUUCUUUUCAUCAAAUGUAAGAUAUAUACUUCGACA